AUGUUGCAUUUUAAUAAUAAUAAUGUACAAAGUGAUGAUCCAUUGAUAAAAAUACGGCCUAUAAUUGAUACUCUGAAGAACUCUUUCUCACAGUCAUUUUAUCCGUACAAAGAUUUGUGUAUUGACGAAAGUCUUAUGUUAUUCAAAGGCUGGUGCUAUUUCAAACAAUUUAUUCCGUCCAAAAGAUGUAGAUUUGGUAUUAAAUCAUUUAUCCUGUGCGACUGCACAACGAACUAUGUAUUAGACUUUAUAGUAUAUACCGGGAAAAAUACAGAUAUUGUACGUAAUUUUACAACCAUUGGGCAAUCGGCAGAUGUUGUUAUGACACUUUUACAUCCAUACCUUGAAAAGGGCCAUACAUUGAUAACAGAUAAUUGGUACACAAGCCCGCAUUUGUAUAAUGUACUUCAUAAACAUAAAACUAAUGCGUUUGGGACAGUACGAAAAAAUAGAAGAGGCAUGCCCCAUAUGGAGGGAAAAUUGACAAAAGGGCAAUUUGACUACAGAUGUACAGAUAAUUUAUUGGCAUUAAAGUGGCGAUAUAGAAAAAACGUAUGGAUGUUAUCAAGUGCUCACGAACCGAAAAUGAUAGAAUCUGGUCAAAUAAAUUAUUUUACAGGAUUGCCCAAGUUAAAACCAGAAUGCGUUGUAGAUUACAACAUCAAAAUGGGCUCUGCAGACCAUGUUGACAUGGUUUUAAUCAUACAAAUUCUACAAAAAUACCCUCAAAAUAGAAAACAAGCGGGCGGUGGCAGAAGAAGCGUAGAAAACUUACCAUUUCGUUUGACUGAGAGACAUUUCCCUUCAAAAACUUUAAAUGCAGAGGGCAAAUCGACAAGAAGGAAAUGUGUUGUUUGUAGAAGAUGGGAAAAAAGGAAGGAUACACCAUAUGAAUGUAAAAAAUGCGACGUCGGAUUAUGCGUUGAUACUUGUUUUGAGGUUUAUCAUACGCAAAUGAAUUAUUAA